AUGGAUAGAAGCACUAAGUGUUUGAUUUUCAUUGAUGUUUCUCUCUUUUCAGUCUUUGGUGGCGAACGAAGAAUUUCUCAGCAUAUUCUGCGUGUACUAAACAGCUAUGUCGACGGGAAGCAGAAGAUAAUGUUUGAAAUGACCUCUAUUAAGGAUAAGGCCAAGGAUUUCAUUUCUUAUGUUCAUGCAAAUGUUCGUCUUGGGUCUCUUCGGAAUUUGUACUAUGUUGGGUUGAAAUUCACUUCUUCAACAUACUCAUGUGCUAUUAGCAAUAUUCUCCAUGAUCUCGAAAAGGCUUAUACGAGGAACUCCUUGACUGCAUUUUCCCCUUCACGAGACACCAAGAUAAUGGAGUGCCAAGCAGCGAGAAUGGAUACAGAAGGAGAAGGAUGA